AACACUGCCCUUCAGAUUUUGCAUUGGGAUUAGAAAUGAAAACAAAACUGAAUACAACGCCAUGACUACAGAUGAGCGCAACUUUCGAUCCAGCUACUACGAAAAAGUGGGUUGUCAUGGUGUGGAGGAGAAAAAAUCAUUGAAUAAGCUACUGCAGGACGGUAUAAGGGAUCGGAAUAAACUGAAGCAAUUCUGCAUAAGCUAUACCGUGCCUGCAGAUCAACGUUCGCUGCUUUGGGGGCUAAUUAUGGGGAUUUUGCCACUACAUAAGAGCAGUACAGACUACAUCAGGGAUCAGCUGCGCCAGGUAUACGAGGAUUUGUUGCGUGCAGUGUCAGUGAUGCGAUAUAUUGAUCCCACCAAGCCCAAAGAGAUCGUCAUGCACACAAUGUGGCAAUUGGAAAAUAACCGACUCCUGCAUAACAAUGCGGGACCACCAGUCGAUGAUAGUCACUUCAUUGAGAUAGUACGUGUGUUGCUGCCAUUAUUCGAUGAUAAUGUGGAAACAUAUUGUAUUGCCAAGGAAUUUUACCAAUAUACCCGAGAGCUGAAAAAAGAGAGUGCGAAGCUAAAGGAACUCACACAAACUCUGCUAAGGCGCGAGGACAUUGCAUUGUUCUAUCACUUAGACCAGCUUGGCAUAUUCAGUAGUAACAACAACCUGCUCGACAAUUGGUACACUACUUCCUUUGCCGGCAUUAUUAGGGAAACCGUUCUGGUGAAGAUCUGGGACAAAAUAUGCGGUGGCGCACGAAAAAUCGUUGUCUUCCUCUUUUUGGAAAUGGUCAAAGACAGUCAAAUCAAGCAACGAAUUUCUAUCUGCAGCGCACAAAAUGAAUUUAAAAUACUGAUAGAAACUGCCUUACAAGUUAACGAUCUCGACGCGGUCAUUGUCAACCGAGCCAUCAAGAGUUGGCAGAGCAACAACAGUGAAAUUGAAUACGCGCAUUAAGCCGUACUACUGUAUACAUGUGUAAACAUUUAUUAAGGAAAACUAAAUAUAUUUGAAGACUA